AUGCCUCUCAACGAUUUCCACCACGUCACGUCCGACGGCGUCGAGCUCGUCGGUCGAUGCACAAAGAAGGACGACUCCCCCUCUCGCCCCACGAUCGUCCUCAUUCACGGUUGGAGCGGGUCGUCGCGAUACUUUGACCCCGCGAUGGAGACACUCGAAUUAGUCGAAGCAAAUUUAUUGACGUACGACCAGCGCGGACACGGUGACUCGGCGUCGCCUCGCGGGCGUGGGUGCACCGUCGCGCGCUUGGCAAUGGAUCUGCGAGAGAUCUUGGACGCAGAUGCCGUGUCAGGGACGCAGUCAACUAAAGGGUACAUCCUGGUUGGGUGCUCGAUGGGCAGCGCGGUGAUUUGGAGUUACCUACAACUUUUCGGCGACGACGAGAAGCGCAUCGCCGGAACGGUAUUCGUCGAUCAGGCCCCACUACAAAAUCGUCGACCGGGUUGGACGUGUGGGUCUUUGGGGUGUUACGACGCGGAGACGUAUGAGAAUUUGGCGCGUGCGGUUCGGAGCGACAUGUCGGCGUUUGCCGAUGGAAACGCCGCGUGUUGCAUUCACGAGCCAGAGAAAAUGGAUCCCCAGGUGUUACUAAUGUUGAAGAACGAGACAUUGAAAUGCGAUCCGGAGGCGCUGUGCGAGCUGAUGUACGACCACACGCAUCAGGAUUGGCGCUCGGUGUGCCGAACGACUGCCGUGCCGUCGGUAAUCCUGUACGGAGAAAAGUCUCAAAUUUUCCCACGCGAAGGCUUCCGAGCGCUCGAGGAACUAUUGGGUGGUGUAUCGCCGAUCCGUAAAUGCCGAUCCACUUGCUUUCAAAAUUGUGGACAUUGGCUGUAUUUAGAGGACGUCGAGGGGUUCGUGCGAUGUCUGAAGGAUGCCGUUGUGGAAUUCCAACACUUGUACACAGCCUAG